AUGGACCAUGCUACUGCAUUAAUAAUCGUACAAGCUACACUCGUCAUACUCUCUCUAUGCGUUCUCAUCCUCCGAUACUGGACGCGACUCUGCUUUGAAAGAAGAAAACUUACUACGUCCGACUAUUUCGCAGGGAUAGGAUGGCUAUUUGCUGUGGGAUGGUUUGUGUCGUCGGCAAUUGCUACGGAUAUAAUACACAACAAUAAUGCCACGAACGAAGAAGGCUUGGUCCAAGAUGUCAAAUACCUCAAGACCGUUUUCAUUGCCGAAUAUUGUUUCGAUAUUGGAAUAUACUGGCCCAAACUUUCAAUCACGGCCUUUUACUGGCAUCUAAUACCCGAUGUCUUUCGACCCUUGAGGAUAGGAUUGCACGCGAUCACGACAUACCUGGUCUGCUGUAUGGCGGUCGCGUUCCUUUUGAACACGCUAAUUGCAGGAAACAUUUCAAACAAUUGGUCAAUUGAAAACCAACUGCUUUCAGCGUGGAACUCACUCCCAAACUUCAUUACACAGUGGUGUAUGAACUUCUCAACUGAUCUACUACUCUUUUGUUUCCCAUUCUUCAUUCUCAAUCAUUUGAAACUCCGCAAAGAACAGAAACUCGGUCUGAUUGGAGUCUUUUCUCUCGGUGCAAUCACCCUAACAGUCAGCCUUACCCGCUUCAUUAUGAGCUGCGUAGCUAGCUAUCAGCUUGAUGAUGCAUCCGGCAAUACGUUAUGCACAGCUGAGAUGACGACGGCCGUGAUUAUCGUUUGUCUUCCAGGCUUGAAGAAGCUUAUCAAGCGGUCAAAACUGCCUACAAAAACAGAUAAUUCAUAUCAAUCUAGCUCAGGGAUCGCAACUGUGAGUAGUGCACCACUCAAGUCGCAGCAAACACAGAGUUAUGCGGAAUGGGGUAUGAAGGACAGUGAUAUUGAACUGGUUCCUGAAGGCGAGGAGUAUCUUCGUAUGCCAGAUCUAGUCUUGUUACGUAGCCCAAAAGAGCCGGAGAAGGACCAAUUUCAGGAUGCGUAG